AUGAUUCAGCUCAAGUCUGGGAUCAUUUUUGAAAAAUCUACUACUACAUGUGAGUCAGAAUUAAAGUUAAAUUAUGUAAAUAGUCAGCCAGAAGACAAGUCUUCCUUUAAAAUUAAGAAAUUUUUCAAAUUACAUCCGAAACUUCAGCGAAUAUUUAAAAUUAUCAGAAGAAAGAGAAAGACAAGAUUAAAAAAAAUUUACAGUUUAAACGGAUGUGAAACACUAGAAAAUUUCCCAAUAAAAGAUGUUGAAAAUCGAAUAAACGAUGUAAAAAAAUCAAACAGACUGCAAUUUUCGAAUGAAAUCUUCUCCAAAAAUGAUUGCCACGUUGUUAGCGGCGAGGAUGUUGAAGCAUUAAACUGUGAAAAUAAUGAACACUCGCCAAUCUAUUUCGACAGUCCACUAGUGGCUAUGUCGCAUCCAACAAACUUUUCGUCCUCAUCUCAAAUAGGAGACAGUAUCAAAAAAAGAUUUUGUUUCAACGGAAAUACGGAUGCAAAAACAUCAUUGUCCGAUAUUAAAAAUAAAUUUUUAUAUUUUUUACUCGCAAAAACUAACAAAUUAAAAAUAGGCAACGAGAGCUGCAACAAUGUCAACAAUCACAGUGAUCGUUAUUGCAUAAAGGGUUUAGCUUUAAAUCCAGCACGUUUUUGGAGUAAAGGAACCAAAAGCGUGAAUAGAAGAAAUAAAUAUUAUCAUAAUGGGACACGAAGUUUACCAGAAAAUAACAUAUUUUCAAAACUUUCUACAAGCUCAAAAAAUAUUGAAAUUUUUAAAACUGAGCAGAACAAAUUGAUGAACAGUUCAGAGAAGUCUGAUUUAUUAACGUCGAAGUUUAGCUCGAAAGAAACAAAUCUUUCCAAUAAAGACAACAGUUUUCUUGGAAGGAGGUCAACUCGAUCUGUUUAUAGUAAUCGCUCUCGUAGAAGCCAACGCAGCAGUGAAAGAAAUACAAGCCAAAGUAGCAGUAGAAAUUUACAAGAGGAAAAUGAUCUGGAAAUAUUUCCUAAUGCCGCUUUCAAACCAAGUGCAAGUCAAUUCAGGCAUAAGUUUGUUUGCCUUAGAGAUAGCACGAAUAUGGUGAGAUGUAUUCAUACCCAAAAUUUUGAUCCUAAAAAAUCAGUUCAAUUCGCGACAAAGUUGGAAGGAGGACAAAAUGUUAUGACGUGUAUGAGGAAUGACCCAGAUUUGGGGAAUCGUAAACUGCAUUACCCGCCCAACGAGCAACCUUCUGAUAUGAUACAUCUGCACUGUGGUAAGUCCAACUUAGAUUUAACUCACAAGAAGUUGUUCGUUCCACCUAAUGAGCAACGAAAGGUUAAAAAAUGCCCUUCAAACGUGUAUUUAUCUGCUGACAAUCAAUUCGUCGUACCGAAAUUAAGUUUUUCACGAGACGAACCACGCACAACUUCACAUGUCGAACUGCAUUCCACCAACAUUUACGCUGAAGCGAUGUUUGACAAAAUAGAAAAUGAAAUAAGUCAAAAUGAAACGUAUAAAAUGUACAAAAGCAGAAAUGAUAAAAAAGCGAAAAAACUGCGGAACAAAGAUAAAAAAAUUAGUAAACGAAUUUUACGAUUGUUUUCGGCCCAUAAAAAAACAAAUGAUAAAUUAAGAAAAUCUUUGAAAAAAAACUCAGCGCAUGAUGGACAGGUUGAGUCAGCCAUCGGACAACCGGUUAAGAAGAAAAUUAAAACGAUAAUAAUAAAAAAAGAUAAGACAAAAUCUGACAAACUGGAAGACGAUAUUCUCAAAACUGAACAAUCGAAAAAUAUCAGGCUGAUAAAUUUUGGAUUCAUCAAUUUUAAAGUCGGUAAUGUUGAGAAAUCUAAAACAGGGUCCGUGGCAAAAAAAGUGUCUAUCGAAUCAAAAGAUCAAAACGUGAAAUAUGAACCAAGCGUAGUUUCGAAGGGUAAAAAAUUAAACGUAAAAACUAAUCUAUCAAGUCAGUAUAUUUCUAAAAAUGAAACGCCAGAGAGUAAAUCGAAAGCAGUAACUACAAAAAUCACACUUCCCAAAGAAACAAAAAAAGAUGUUUCCAAGGUUAUUAAACCGUCAAAAGUUAUUGCUAAACACGAAUCGUUGAAAGCUAAGCCAGGAGAACAUCACGCAAAAAGUGAGCGAGCUAAAAUAACUUCAGAAGUUCAACCGCCAGACGUUAAAAUACAAAAAGUUGAAGCAAAAGUUGAGUCGACAAACCCUAAACCCAAAAAAGGUGAUUCGCGAGUCGAAAAGCUGGAAAGAGAGGCAACAAAAUUCAAAUCGAAAGUUGAAAAAACAGAAAUUAAGAAGCGUAAAAUUAAAUCAGACGUGGAACCUCCAAACCUUAACCUGAAAGACGUUAACAAAAAAGUUGAAAAACUGAAAGUUGAGGGGAAAUAUAAACCGAGAGAACAAAUAAAAGUUGAGCCGGAUAAAAUUAUUUCAAAAGUUAAACCAGUGACUGUAGAAAAAAGAAAAGAUAAGUCAAAAUUUAAAAAAUUAAAAUUGGAAACGAAAGAAAUUAGACCGAAAAUUGUAUCACCCGAAAAAUUACAACUAAAUGAAAUGUCAUCAAAAAAUUACAUGAAAGAUAAAAUAAAAAAAGCUACUUCUAAAGUUGAAAAAAUUCCAUCAAAAGUUGAGCUACUUGAAGUCAAAUCAAAAGUGAAAAAACCAGAUGUAAAACCAAAAACCGUUACGACGAAAACAAACCAACUACCAAUAGUUGAGGCAAAAGAAGGAAGUUCAAAAAUUGCAAAACCAACAGUUAAACCUGACCAACUUUCUUCAAGUACUGUUGAACAACUUCGCAGAGAAAGUUUGAAAAUUAUGAAACGGAAACAUAUUGAACCGAGAAAAUUUACUUCGAAGAAGGAGCCACCAAAAUCACACAAUAUUAUUAAAACCAAAACGCAAAAAAGAGUCUCUGAAGCUGAAUCAAAGAAAAUUAUUCGGAAUGAAACUGCAAAAAUUAAUUCAAAAAUUGAGAAAUCAAGAAAUGAAUCAAAAGUGAAAGAUUCAAGUAUUAAGCAAUCGAGCCCUGCAACACCGGGAACAACGUCAACCUCGGAAAUUUCGGAAGCAGCUUCAACUACUGUUAUAAUAAUCAAGAAAUCAAAUAAAACAAAAACUGAACCACUAAAAAUUUAUGAGCAAAAGUUAAAACCAAAAACUAGCAAACAACUAAAUGUUAGAAAAAAUACUUCAAAUACUAUCGAACCGAGUAAGCCCGAUGACGAUCGCCAUAAAAAUAAAAUGCCCACACCCAUAACACCUGCAGUUAUUAGGCCAAAUAUCGCAUCUAAAGAAUUCACGAAGCAUUUUAUUGAAAUCCCCGAUAAAAAAGUUUCUUUUUCAAAACACACAACUGAGCCUGACAAGACGGUUUCAAAUAACGUUCGGUCCAAGAAAAAUUUAAAAAUUAGUAGGGAAGAUGUAAAACCGGAUGUGACGUCAACAGUUCAACCGGCAACAACAAAGAAGCCUUGUGUGGAAAUCUCAGCAUGUAAACUCUUAAAGACCUAUCGGCCGAUAAUUGGAGAACCAUUGAAAUUGAACGAAUCGGAUCAUUUCAAUCCGCUUACGAAGAUGAGAACAGAAGAAUAUGAUCCGAGAACUAACAAGAGAUUAAGAAAUUAUAUUUCACAGAGCGAAAGUUGCAGCUCCUCAACCAUGGAGGCAUUAAUGCAUUUCUUCCCAGAGAAGCAACUCAGGAAACGUUACGGAGUGUCGAAAAGAAGCAGGAACAAAAAAUAUCCCAACUCUUCCACAAAUUGUUCUUCAAGCUAUAAAUUAUUAUCAUCACCUAAUAACAUGAUAACAUCAACAAUCAACAAAUCAAAUCAUGAAAUAGUUCCUCAACAAAAAUUUUAUCAUCGCAAAAACACAGAUUCUCUAAAUAAUAACCGCCAAGUUUCUUAUAAUUCAAUAUCAUCCGAAUCGAUUGAAAAAAUAGAUCCUGCAAAUUAUUUUAAUUUUUCACGAAUGCUGUCAACAAACACCAAUGCUAGAAACCUUUCAACAUUUUUUUCAUCCAAUACAGUCGUCCAUAACGAAGCUCAGCAAAUUGUUAGCAACGCUUAUAUCCACGUGAAGCCAGCAACGAAUACUGAACAUAAUUCAUCUAAAAGCGAAACUUUCUUGAAGCCGAUGCCCAAAACUGUGCUAUCGACCGAACGAGUCAAUAAAUUCAAAGUUAUGAAGAAAAUCAUAUCAAAUAUUUUCCAACCAAGAACAAAAAUUGACAGUUUUCAAAAACCAAUGCAAUUUACACUGACAAAGAGCAAAAUUGAGCCGAAAGUGAAAUGUUUUAAAAAUGUUACAUCUGAAAUUUUCAAACUACCGCCAAAGUCAAGCGUCUUCAAAAUUAACGGACAGCGUGUAAAAGUGUUCGAUACGAGACAACGGGAAAAAAGUUUAAUGAAAGCACAAACGAGAAGUUCAGUUAUAUCUGUAGAAAGUUUUUUACAACCGCUGAAACCGACAAUUAAAAGAACAACUUCAAAUGUUAAUAUAAUCAAAAAACUUGUUAAAAAUGUAACUGAUGUUUCUGACGAAGAAGAAAAUUUAUCUGACGCGAAACAAGAUGGAGUUGCACAAACCUCCUCAACAGUUUACAAAUCAUGCAAAAAUAAUUUGUCUUCUAAAUCACAUUCUUUAACAUACGAAGAUAAAACUUCUGAUUCUAAAACCGUUGAAAAGUCUCAGAAAAACAUUAAAUCAACAUCAAAGCUAUCAAUUGAGAACAAAGAUGUUGAUCUUCAAAAAACACCAGAAAGCCAUAUUAAAACGAUGACUUCAUCGCUAAACAAUUUCAACGCUAAUUCCGAAAUCAGUAAGAGCUCUUCAAACGUUCCUUCAAAAAGCUCUGAAGAGUCACUCAAGAAUGAAACUGAAACAAGAAUAAGUAACGAAACGCAUAAAAGUUUCAAAUCGAGCGAUGUCAGGUUAAAUAAUAUUAAAAAACAUACUUCUUCAACAUUUCCAACUUCAGCGAUAAACGUAUCAUUACACGAAGCUCCUUAUAAAUGUUACGCUGGUUUUGAUUUGUUUUCUAAUAAAGUUAAAUUAUUUUGGAGUAGUUUAACACCUAGAUUUAAGAAUGUAACAGAAGAAAAUAAAUUUAAAAGAAAAGAAAGAAUGAAUGAAAAAAGUACGACAACCAUUUUGAGCGAAGAAUAUAUGAGACCAGGGAAUGCAAAAAAUAAGCCUACUAAUAUGAAAUCAGUGAGCAUCUAUCCUUCCAAUGAAAAAAAUUGUUCGGUUCAAAGUGCGAGUGAACCAAACAAAAGCCAAGAUUUAUCUGACGAUUUAAGUUCUAUUUGUUCAACUAACAAAAACACAAGGGAAAGCACACAUAGAGAUAAAACACGCAGCGCUAAAGAGGAUUCCUCCACAAUCAAUCAAGAAAUUUCAUCUGUAGAAGAUCUAAUAAGAGAUUCAUUGGUUAAGAUUUAUAGUAAAAAACAAAUUUCUUCAACAUUUCCAAUCUCAAGCAAAGAUGUCUCAUUCAAUGAAACUAAUUUUAAAAGCUACGAUGACUUCAACUUUUUCCCAAAUAAAGUUAAAUUAUUCUGGAAAAAUCUGACGCCCAAAUUUACAGAGAAGAAAGAAAAUAAGGAAAACGUGAGUAGCGCAAAAAAAAUUCCCAUGAAAGAAUUUUUCCUACCAGAAAACAUUGAAGAUAAUAAAUCUGAGCAUUUGAAAUCGUUGAGCGAAUAUCCUUCGAACGCAAUAAAAUUUUCAGUCAAAAGUAUGAGUAAAUCGGGUGAUGAUCAAAAUUUAUCCAGCCAGCUAACUUCUUUCAACUCCAUUUACGAAAGUAUCAGAAGAGAUCCAUCAGAAGCUAAAAUACGGGACGCUAAGGAGGGCACUUCAAUAAAAAAUCAAGGAACUACAUCAAAAAAUGAUUCAUUAAAAGAGUCCCCAGUUUUCGUUCAUAAAAAAAUGCAAACUUGUUCGAUAUUUCCCGUUUCAAGCCAAAAUCUCUCAUUGCAUGAAACGCAUUCAAAGAGUUACGGUAAUUUUAAUUCAUAUCCCAACAAAGUUAAAUUGUUUUGGAACAAUUUGACACCUAAACUGAAGCAUGCAACUGUCACAAAUGAACCUUACAUGAAAAGAGAAGAUAAUAAAACAAGCACAACAAAAAUUCAUAACAAAAAAUUUACUAAAUCAGAAGAAAAUAAUUUAAAAAAGUGUGAGCUUUCAGAAUCAGGGAGUAAAAAUGAAGUCAGUAACUCCAGUGGCUCCGUCAGAAACCCGAUCGAAUCAAACACAAACCAGCUAUCCGUCUACAUCAGUUCGACUGAUUUAACUCAAGGAAACAGCUGGAUAGACAAUCCCGAACAACCGACAAGUUUUGAGAUUACUGCACCCGUGAGAAAUAAAAACAUCUUCUCUGAUGAAAAUUUGUCAGAUAAAAGUCGUAAACCAAAAAAGGAAAAAGAAGUUACUGAAAAUUCAAUAUCAGUAAACAAAAAUCAGCUCAGUAACUUGAGUGAUUCACUGAAAGACACCAUUGAAUCAGACAAAAGUCAGCAGUUGCAUACUUCUAUAAGUUCAUUUGAUCUAUCUCGAGGACGUAGUUGGAUUAAUAACUCGGACGCAAGAAAACAGAGCCUCGACGUUAUCACCGGGACAAAAAAUCCUUACGGCACAUCUGAAAAAAUUUUGUUAAGUGGACAUUUUAAACCAAAAAUCAACAGAAAAAUAAUUGAAAAUAUAUUGAACAAAAAUUAUGUUAGCAACCUGGGUGAUUCGGACAAAAAUCAACGUUUAGCCACCACUUUUACGAAUUCAAAUGAUUUCUCUCAAGAAAGCAACUGGAUAAAUAAUUCUCAAAUGAACAGACACUUCGCGGAAUAUAUCGCGUCUUUAAGAAAUAAAAAAAUUAUAUCUGAUGAUAAUUUGUUUGGAAGAAUUUUUAGAUCAAAAAACAACGUGAAAUUAUUUGAAAAUUCAAAAUUAAGGAACAAGAAUCAGUUGAUUACCUUCAAUGAAUUACCCGAAAACGCGAAAAAAUUACCUCUCAAUAUGAACUCCAUCGAUAUUAUGCACGGAAACAACUGGGUAGAUAAUAAUAGAGCGAGUAGACAGAGCGUUAAAACAAUUGCAUCAUCAGUAGGAAACAAAAGAAUUACGUCUGAAAAAAAUUUAUUAAACGGAAAUUUUAGAUCACAAAACAUUGUCGAACAAUCUGAAAUCUCAAAUUCGACGAGUAAAAAUCAAGUUAGUAACAUUAGUGGCUCCCUCAAAAACGCUACCAAAUCAAACAAAAACCAACAUUUCUCAAAUAUGUUUUCACAUAAAGACGUCUGGGUGAAUAAUUACGAGACAAACAGACAAAUCAUUGAUAUUAUUGCAUCCUUAAAAAUUAAAAAUAUCACUUCUGAAGAAAAAUUGUUCAAUAAAAUUCGUAGAUCGGAACAAAUUGGAAGAAAUUUAAAAAACUUGAAAUCUGCGAGCAAAAAUCGUUUCAGAAACUUGAGUGAUGGUGGUGCAGUUAAAAAUGCACUUGAGUCAUCAAAUGGAAUGAAAAAGUUACACAUACACAUGAGCUCCGUUGAUUUAACUCGAGCAGACAGAUGGAUGAAUAGCUCGGAAACAAAAAGAGAAAAUCUUAAGGUUACUGCAUCAACAGGGAAUCAAAGAAUUUUAUCUAAAACAAAUUUCUUUGAAAAGAACAACACCGAGAAAUUGUUUUUAAACCUCUUCGGUAGUGACACCAAAAAAAUUUCAUCAACAGCCCUAGAUAAAAAAAUCAGCCAAAAAGUUGAUUCAAAAGUUUUAAAUGCAAACAAAAUUGUUUCAAAGGGCAAGUUGAAAGUUGAAAGUUACGGAAAUAACAACUCAUUUUCAAAUGAAAUUAAACAAAUUUUAAAGAAAAUAACUCCGAUGCUCAAACAAAUUACAAACAAUAACGAACUCUCAAAUAUUCUGAAUGAGAGGAAGAGAAGGAGGGAUGGAAAUAGUUUCAACGCUGCUUAUAAAGAUGUCGGGGACAGGCUAGAUUUCAGGAAUCCCCUGCGUACCUCUAUUAGAAAUGAAACGGAAACUCAUGAGAAAAUCCAAUUGAAUGAAAAAUUUAGCGAAAAUAAAUUCGCUGAUAAGAAAUAUGAAAAAUUUAAAUUUGAAACGAAAGAACAAUUUUCUAACUCUGACGCAUUGAGGAAAAGCACCAGACUCAAACCAAAUUUACUAUUUAGAAAUAAGUAUUCAGCACUAACAAAUAAUAACAGAUCCCCCGUGUUGCAAAAUAUAAAUUUUGUUAAAGAUAAAAUAUCAAACAACCAAAUUGAUAACAAAUUAUUUUUUAGAUCUUUCUCUGUUUUAAGACAAUCAAAUAAACCAAUUACUCACACAGAUGCAAUAGACCGCCAGCAGAAGUUUGAAGGAAAUGUAAGCGGCGAAAAAUUCAGUCCAACAAAUUCGAAAAAGUUCUGGAGGACGUUGACUCUGAUGUCCAAUAAGCAGAAUGUAGCUGCUGAUGAUGCCAAAAUUGAACAGAAGAUAAAAAUACCAAAGAGCCCCAUACCGCCUGUGGAAGACGGGAGGGCUUUUCGGCAAAAUGUUUUCCACAAAACUCUACAAUCCCUUCGCAAAAGUCCCAGGACGUUGGAGAUUGAAGAUUACUUAACGAAAUCUGACUCUGCCUGGUACUUAAAAAAUGUUCCACUAAUUCAACAAAAAUUUUCAAGACUAAAAUCAAAUAUUGUAGAAAACAAACUUGACUCUGAUCCAAACCGUCGGACGAAAUCGAGAGCAUCGAGUUAUAAAAGUCCGACACAAUCCAAAAUGAACAUCGACGAAAUACGUAGCAAAGAUAAUUACAUAAAAAAAAUUUCCACUCCCCCGCUUAAAGAUAUUUCGUUUAAUAAAUUGGAUCUCAGCACAAAUGUUCCAGGUAAGAAGAUUAAAGUUGAUGCGUUGAUGACAAAGUAUGCAGAUAGCGAUCGAAUGAAAGAAAACUUAAACAACGUCAACAUUUUAAAAGGAAAACGUUCACCAACGCCAAUCACUACGGUAGAAACUGCUAAGAAUGAACAUCAAAAGAAUGAACACCAAAAUGUUGCAGUCAGCAAGACUCCAAACAAUCAAACGAGCAGUAACGUACCAUUGCCAAGCAAACUGAGAUCACCAUCGCCUCACAGAGAGUUCAUUGAAUCAACUUUGUCAUCUUAUAAAAAUUAUUCCAACCAACGCACCACCGGUACAUCAUCAUACCAAAAUAAAUUAAAAGUUGUUACACAUAUUCCGUCUCGACUGAACGAAUAUAUGAAAGGAAAGGCAACGGAAAGACGAAAAGAGUCGCUUGAUCAAAAGCCACCUCAUUCCACCAACAAACUUUCCAGCUCAAAUUUUUUAUCGCCUCCGUUAAAGUCGCCACUCUUGCGCAGAGAAGAAAUAAAAUCGACGAUAUUAUCGUACAGAAACUCUCAUUUCAAUUUUGCGUCUCCACGUCAGAGCGGCACAUUUUUGAACAACUCUGCCGCAAGCAGUCAUUUGAAAAGAUACACACCCAAUGCCGAAUUUUAUCAGAAACUAAUAAACAAAUAUAGAAGUGAAUUUAAACACAAUUUGAACGAAGAUAGAACGAAUUUAGUAACGGAACAAAGUGUUGAUGGUAGAAAUGGAAAAGGCAGAUUGGAAAAAAUUGACGGUUUAAAACGGUUUAAUGGCGAAAGUGAUUAUUUUUCGGGAACGCCGCAGUCAAUGAACAAUUCUUCGAUAACUCCAAAAAUGGAUGCGCCGUGUAACAGUGAAACGAACAACCAAUCUGGAAAUGAAAUCACCAGACCUAGCUCACAUUCGCAUUUUCAUAAACAAGAAUACAGACCUUCUGGUAACCAGAAAGUUUACAGCAGUAACAUUUUAGAUAAUCCGCAAACAAAAUUCUCUCGUGAAUUUCAAAAUGAACUUAAACGAAAUCGAAGUAGGACCUUUGAAAAAAAAAUCAACGAAUUGAUGUCAGAAAACGCAACACAUUUUCCAACCUCAAAACAGUCAAGAUACAACGCGGAUUGCGGCAAAACAAAAUUUUCAGAAAAUCGUCUUGAGAAACGUUCAUCUAAAUCAUCAAUUAGUGUUAAAAUAGAUGAAUUUUUAACCGUGAAUAAAAAAAGUUUGGCUAACGCAGUUGAUUCUAUAGAUCUAAUGAAGAAGAAUGCAUUGCUGGGAAACAACGGCACUAAUCAAAUGAACAGAGUAAAGAAUGAAUUAUUUGAAUCGACAAUUAGUACCCGUACAGACCAGAGCACUAAAAAUAUACUCGAAUCAAAAAGUAAAGUUGAUGAAAAUGAACAACCAAUUAUUUCUUACAACACAGCAAAUACUCAUUGGUCAAUUGAUACGUCAAACAGAACUGAUAACACGCAAGAAACGAAACCUUUUGAAAAAAGUAAUUUGAAAAAAUCUGAGAGCACAUCAAAUCAUUCAAGGUGUGCGCUGCAUUCCGUCAAAUCGUAUGAAAAAAGAAGAGUCAAUUUCGUAGAUGACAAAAUGUUGGUAUCAGAUGAGAAGCACACGCAAAAAACGUUGAAAACUCCAAAAUAUACGGUGAAGCAAUAUGAAAAAAUUGAAACAAAUACGUCUGUUCAGCCUAAAAGGAAAUCAGACAAGUCGUCCAAUUGUUCAAAAUCUUCACUGUCUGAAAAAAAUUCUGAAAAAUCCAUCAAAUCCAAAAAAUCUUUAGAAAAUGAAGCCCCCAAAACAUCAAAAGAUAGAAUUUUACAUGCUAUUGAAAGCAAGACGUUGACUGCAAAACCAUCAGAGGAUGAAUUUACACAGUGUGAUAAUAACACCCCUACUUCAAAAGUUCUGGGAAACAGGGAUCAGCCCUGUAUAAAAAGAACACCAACAAACGAAAAUGAAUAUAAAACGACGUCAGAUAACCACAAAAAUAAAACUCUCCUACAAAAUAACAAUUAUAUUGAAAACUUUUCUGAAAAGUUAAAAGUUAAACCAAAGUCCAACUCGCAAAACAUCAAAAACCAAAAACAUGAAAACAAAACAAAAAAAAUGUCAAAACCCAAACUCGAAAAGAAUAUCAAACGGGUAGGAAGAGAAACAGCAAGAAUAAUAAAUUAUUCGCCCAGCUCAAAAAAGUCACCGACCACGUCAGCUAAUUUUUAUGAAAAUUCAGCAUCAAAUAAAACCACCGUCUAUUCUCAACCACACCUGUCGCCACAACCAGUAAAACGUCCCAAUAAAAUUUCAAAACAGAAAGUGGAUGUACAGAAACAACAUGUACAAAAUCCAAACGUACAAAAUCAUUAUGUGCAAAAUCAAAGUUUUGGUGUGACCUUCCCACUGAACCCUGAUCAAAUGCAAUCCAGACCUCCGCCUAAAAACCGGAUGCAGUUGGUCUGCCUUCCCAUAAAAGAUUCUGAAAACGUGAAGCGGUUAGAACUGCAGUCUGUCUCAAUUGCACCACAAAAUUGUCAGUCAGUUGACGAACAACAAACAACAUCUAAGACAUCAAUUGUUACAAAUCCGGCACCUACAUUCAUGACUCAGGGCAGAAUGUAUGACUCUGUACCGAUGCCAGGGGGAAAAGAAGGAUCAAAACCCUUGAACUCCGACAAGGCUUACAACACUCCACAGACAAACUUCCCACUACCAUUCCCACAAUCUUGUAAACAAGUUCCCAUUCUAACUCGAAACAUCAACGAGACGGUUAACAAAAAUAUGCCGUCGGUCCAAAAAGCAAAUACUCCUUCGUUAUACCAACCUAACGCCGGGAGAAACAACACCCACUUCAACGAAAAUAACAAAAUUAAAAUCAACAAAAAUAAUAACAACAACAACAACAACAACAACGGUGUUACAAGGAGCUUAACACCAGCUUCAACUCAAAAUUUUUGUCUUAUAUUACAUUCAAGACAUCGAGAUGAUGACAUAAUGACGUCGAAUCGGGUGGAGAAGUUUCCGUGUGGCGUUGGUUUAUGGAAAGGAGUGGAGGUAGAGAGGAGGCGAGGUAUACCCCGGAAUCGUUUAAAAUGUACCACAGCACACCCGAACGCAGACGAAUUAAUAAAAGUUUUAUUGGAAUAUAAAAAUCUAGUACUUUUCAAUCAGAGAACCACAUUCGUUAUAGGAAUUUUUUAA